AUGAGGGAAAUUAUUCACAUCUCCACGGGCCAGUGUGGUAACCAAAUUGGUGCUGCGUUCUGGGAAACGAUCUGUGGCGAGCACGGUUUGGAUUUCAACGGGAACUACCAUGGCCAUGACGCCAUUCAGAAGGAGAGACUGAACGUUUACUUCAACGAGGCGUCCUCCGGGAAGUGGGUGCCCAGGUCUAUCAACGUGGACCUGGAGCCCGGGACCAUUGACGCAGUGCGUAACUCCUCCAUCGGGAAUUUGUUCAGACCGGACAACUACAUCUUUGGCCAGAGCUCCGCGGGCAACGUGUGGGCCAAGGGUCACUACACGGAAGGUGCCGAGCUCGUAGACAGCGUCAUGGACGUCAUCAGACGGGAGGCCGAAGGGUGCGACUCUUUGCAAGGUUUCCAGAUCACGCAUUCUCUUGGUGGUGGUACUGGUUCCGGUAUGGGUACGCUGUUAAUCUCGAAGAUCAGAGAGGAGUUUCCGGACCGUAUGAUGGCGACAUUUUCCGUCCUGCCCUCUCCAAAGACCUCCGACACUGUCGUGGAGCCCUACAACGCCACGUUAUCCGUGCACCAAUUGGUAGAACACUCCGACGAAACCUUCUGUAUCGAUAACGAAGCGCUAUAUGACAUCUGCCAAAGAACCUUGAAGCUGAACCAGCCUUCGUACGGGGACUUGAACAACUUGGUCUCGAGCGUCAUGUCUGGUGUCACCACUUCGUUGCGUUACCCCGGCCAAUUGAACUCGGAUUUGAGAAAAUUGGCAGUCAACCUGGUCCCAUUCCCACGUUUACAUUUCUUCAUGGUUGGGUAUGCGCCACUGACUGCGAUUGGUUCUCAAUCGUUCAGAUCGUUGACCGUUCCUGAAUUGACCCAGCAAAUGUUCGACUCCAAGAAUAUGAUGGCCGCUGCUGACCCAAGAAACGGUAGAUACUUGACCGUUGCGGCAUUCUUUAGAGGUAAGGUUUCCGUGAAGGAAGUGGAAGACGAAAUGCACAAAGUACAAUCCAAGAACUCAGACUACUUCGUGGAAUGGAUCCCUAACAACGUGCAAACCGCCGUGUGUUCUGUCGCCCCACAAGGCUUGGACAUGGCUGCUACUUUCAUUGCUAACUCUACAUCCAUCCAAGAACUGUUUAAGAGAGUCGGCGACCAAUUUUCCGCUAUGUUUAAAAGAAAAGCUUUCUUGCAUUGGUAUACUAGUGAAGGUAUGGACGAAAUGGAAUUCUCUGAAGCUGAGUCCAACAUGAACGACUUGGUCAGCGAAUACCAACAAUACCAAGAGGCUACUGUAGAAGAUGAUGAAGAAGUGGACGAAAAUGGUGAUUUCGGUGCUCCACAAAACCAAGAUGAACCAAUCGCCGAAAAUUUUGAGUAA